UUUCAAUAGCAAGACCCUAUCUUGUAUGCUGUAUUAUCCACAGUAAUGGACAGUCAUACUUGUUUCAUUGUUUCUUUCAAAAACGUAUCCCACUCCCUUUCAUUCCGUUAUAGGGUCACUCAGCUAAACUGUCUACAUGCUGUGGUGGAUCACUUAAUAUGGGACAAAGGCUGAGACAAGAAGAGGGAGGAAGGAACAACAACAGCAAGACCAGAUGCAACAUUGCUGUAGCUUCUCAGGGUGGUGAGGGAGUGGAAACACUGGGAAAUAUAUUUUUUAAAUAUUUGCGUAUUUGUUCAGGAAUUAACUGUGGACUCUAAUUGUAUUAACUCACUGAUAGUACAUGUGCAACAUGCGAUUGCACAUGAUUGGUACUGUGGCUGUCUGUGUCCAGCAACACUUAUUGACACGCCCUCUCUAAAACGUCACUGCAGGUUGCGUCUUCCGAAAGUUUUCUCAGGAGUGAAAGUAGCCAACUUUAGGUAACCGAGAAAGACGCACGAUUCUCAUGAUCCACUCCAGUCGACAAGACAGGUGCCCUUCACAUUGGAUAUGGAGUACAGAAUGACUCGCAGUCCGCUUGGCUUGUGUGUCAUCAUCAAUAACGAACACUCUCAUCGAUCACAGUCGCGAAAAGGUUCAGAUGCAGACACAGAUGCCUUGCGAAAAGUGUUCACCUGGCUUGACUUCUCAGUUCAAUGCCACAAAGACCUGACUACAGAGGAGAUGAAGAGUGUGCUACUGGGCUGUAGUCAGAAGGCAGACGGAGACUGUUUUGUCUGCUGUGUGCUUAGCCGCUGGGAAAAUGGGGGGGUGUUUGGAUGUGACAAUGUCUUCCUUCCCAUCAAAGAUAUGCUUGCUCUAUUUGAAGUGAACAACUGCCCAGCCCUCUCUCGGAAGCCCAAACUCUUCUUCAUCCAGGCUUGCCAAGAAAAUGCAGGCGACAUUGGAACUGACAUCUCUAAAGAAGGAGUCCCAGGCUCGGAUAUUGCGACUACUGUUCAGAAAGAGUUCACAAUGUCAGCCGAGGCGGAUUUCCUUCUCUCUGUGGCUACCGUGGAUAUGUUCCACUCUUUCAGACACCCAGCUGCAGGCUCCUGGUUCAUCCAGUCUCUUUGCAGUCAGCUUAGAGAAGGCAGACUCGGGCAGAGGGACAUCUGCACAAUUCUUAACGAACUCAGUGGACUCUUGGCUAAACCUGUUCUUCAACGUUUCAAUUUCCUCACGAAGAGGCUUGUUUUUCCUAUACACAAACCGGGAAUAUCAGGUGGUGAAAGAUAUUGUCAGAACUACCGACCAACAAGGUGCUGCAAAUCCUGUUCUCACAUCACAGACACCUCCCACUGGGCACUGAUGGAACCCUCUGUCUCGAUAGAGACCGAAGUCCCAGUAUAUAAACACAGAUCUCCUCCAGGAAGUUUUGAGUGUACAGUGUCUGGUUUGCGCUGGGUGUGUGCUGGUGAGGUCACUCUGCAGUAUCACUUCAGCGACCCAUAUGAAUUCAGAGCAGAGGUCGCCAUGUUGCAGUACACACCGAUUAGUUCUUUGAUGGACAUCAAAGUGCUCUCAGGUGAACUGCUGGAGGCCCAUCUGCCCCAUUUUGCCUGUCUGGACGGCGCAGACUCCUCUCUCAGUGAUGCUGUGAGAGUUCUGCGUGGGGCAGACACUGGUAUAACCUUAGAGACCUGCGAGCUGACCCGCUUCCAUGCGAAGCUCCUCAAGCCUUCCUUCUCACUGACAGAAGUCCUGGUGAAAAUCGGCAUCCCACUGAAAACCCACCUGGAGGUGUUAAUCUACCGGACCAGAGUGACACCCUUGGUUCUCUUCACAUACGUGGUGCCAUGGAACGCCUCCAUGAUGCAGAGUGUGAAGGAUGACUUGCGUCAGGAGAGAGUCAAGAAGAUAGAAAGACCCCAGCCUGACACUUCGCUUUGGAUCGACUCCAAAUACAACCUGAGGACAUCUUGCCACUCCGAGAUCACCCCAGAUAAGUACACCCUGAACUACGAAAGGGCAAAUUUCUUUGAGGUCUACAUAAAAGAGCCAGAGGAAUGUUUUGACUUGGAGUUGAUCAGCGGAGGGCAGUCCAUCUGGAAAACACCACUGCAACGUGUUGAUUACGGAGAGACCCAGGAUGUGACACCAGGGGGGGUGAAAAGAGAGGUGAACUACACGAGCAAAGCUGCUACCCCAAGUCUGGAUGAGGGAAGAAUGGCCUCCUUGCCAUACAGAGAGCGGCUGUUCUUGUUUCGGCCGCAUGUCAUCAAGAGAAUAUCAGGAAGUGUACACAGAGUUCUGCUGGAUGGACUCCAAGACCACCAGCCUCCUGUGUUGAGCGGUAGGGAGGCAGAGGAAGUCCUGCAGAGCACCAGUGUGCUGCAGGACCAGGUGACCUCCCUCAUUGACAUAGUGCAUAAGAAGGGAGAAAAGGCAUGUGGCAUCAUGCUUGUGUUGCUCAAGGAAAAGGACAUCUACCUUUAUGAAGACAUUCUCCUGGAACUUCAAGCCAGUCUCUUAGAACACGGGAGCUAGCCACAGUGGUUUGUUGAGAUCACUGCCCUGGGGAGCAGUCCUGGCUGCAGGAGGAAACCAAACAGUGAACGCCAGUGGCAUUGGCUCUGCUCCCAGUGGGGUGAAAGGAGGGGAAAGUUCCAGGAUCCAACAGCUGGACUUCUGUCCUGUUCAUGUCCGGCGUGCAGAGUGAAGUAACCAAAUUGCACACAAAGCAGACCAGUGCAUCUAAAAAUAUGUCCAUGCGGAGACACGUUUUGGAUUUUAUGACACUGUAGUGGACACACAAACUACUUUUAAUGCCUUUUUUUAUAGGAAACCUUUUUAAGAGAUCAUAAUUGUUAGUUAUUUCAUUUUUUCUGAUAUGUACUUGCCUUUUGUAUCAGGUGUUCAUCUGAUUGUACUGAUUAUUUUACCACAUCGUGAAUCCUGCAUAUCAACACUGUUCCAGAUGUAUACUUUGUUUAUUGUGUAUGCUUAUCAGUUGGACAUUGACCAUGAUUUUGUCUUUUAUCUGCUCAUUGACAGCACACUGUACAUGAGUGAAAUUCAUUAAUAAACUUGUAAUGUGGGUGGUAUUACCAGUGCGAGGGCUGCUGCAUUUGUCAAAUUACCAAUGCAUGUGUCUGCUUAUACAUGGUGGGGCCAUUACUUAUUAAUUGUGGCACGGUGGCUCAGUUGCUUGCACUGCUUGCACUGCCGCCUCACAGCAAGAAGGUCAUGGGUUCGAUUCCCAC